CUGAAAUAUUGUACAAUUAGCUUGUGAAGGAAAUCAAAAAUUCAGGUGGGCAUAAAUAUAGGGAUUGGGAGUUCAAUGUAAUGGUUAACUGAGAGUUUCUCAUUAGCAUAUGGGCUCCUUUGGAGCAGGAAUUGGUUUUUGUAGUUCUUUGUAUACCUUACUCUUAGCCUAGUGCCUGACACAAAGUAACAAAUGCUCAUGUUGACUGUUACAGUUUUGAUAGCUGAAGCGCCUAAGGGUUUGUCAGGUUAGUGUUUAAUUAGAACCCAGAACUUCUGGACACCAAACCCCUUUUUAAGCCUCCACGAGGCUGCAGCACACUAUGCCCCAAAUCCUCACGGGCCCCAGGAAUAUACAACAGGAAAUAGAGUAGUAGGACAAGGAUUUCGAGUCACGUGGGAGGUGUCCACCAAUCAGAACAGGGCCGCGUCUCUGCUUUGCCGGCCUCAAGGCCUGGAGGCCUGUGCCGGAGCUGGAGGGGAAAUCGGUUUUGUGUUCAGUCUGGGACUUUAGGUGAGGCCCCAGGCCCACCCCAACUCCUGCCUCUCAGCUUCCCCCAGACAGGCAUCAUGAAGCUGCCCACUGCCCUUCCCUCUCCCGUAGAUGCCUCGCAGGAAGAAGAGCAACAGCCCUCCUCGCAAAGCCCAACUGUCGUUCCUGGAGAGGCCCCUGGAGGGUCCCAAGCUCGGGGGCGGCUCCCCGAGGCCCUGCCCUGCGCCUUCGCGCAUUGUGCCUCGGCGGCCAAUAAACCCUGAGGCCUGCCUCGCCUGGGUUUCGCCCCAGUUUAAGAAGCCCCCGGGCAGCUGGCUGCCCGUAGGCCGCAAGCCGCAGCCACCCGCGCGCCGCUGCCUGCCCUUCCCGGUCGGAGGCUCAUCUCGGCGGCGGCAGCGGCGGCGUUGGCGGCGGUUCCAUUGGCUUCCGCCCUUGCCUUUAAAGAGCCUCCACCACGGGCCGGGUCCAAAUCCGGGCUCCGAGACUAACUUCCGGGAGGCCGCCACCCGACCAAAGGCUCCCCGCUUGGAUGGGGCCGAGGAGGCCGGAAGGCCGCCGACUCUGCUGCCCAGCCCCAGGAGCUGUGACCCUCUGCAGCCUGACCCCCUGGACAAGGAGAUUGCAGGCUUGCGUGUGGCCGCGAGCGAUGUUGCUGCAACUUCGAGGGAGCCAGGAUUGGGUCACUGCCCCCUCCAUCUGGACCGGCCCCAGACCCCACCCUCAUGCCAGCCCCCUCUGGUCGUGGACACCCCGGAAGAGAACUACGGCCUAAAGGUCACCUGGAGGAGACGCUAUCACUUGGUUUCCUAUCUUCGGGAGAGAGGGAAACUCAGUUUGAACCAGAUUUUCGUGUCCAAGUCUGGGGAAGCCCUCAAACCCUAGAUUUGACCGUCCUCUCCCCCAUUCCGUUUGACUCUCCUGCUGAGGAAACGUGUUAAGCAUUUAGCCAACUUUAAAGCUCUGUAUAACUAUACAGGCAAUUUUUUCCCCCUCAGGGCGUUGGGCCACUGACCAGGGAUUUAGACUGGGGUAGAUUCCUUGAGGAGGAAAGAAGUAGCCUUUGACCAUAUAUUCUUUAAUCCAAACCUCUCAGUGGCUAGCUGUUCCAACAAUACUUGCUGCUGCCUCUUGUUUUCAUUUGAUGCUGCUGUUAUUAUCCAUCUGCUCACACAAGUCAGUCUCUCACAAGGUGGUUAGAAGGACACUCUCAAGGUAUCUUUUAAGAACUUUAGAAUCAAUUGGGCGCGAGAGAAGCAGAUACAGGACUGCCCAGUUUGGUGUGCCCUCAUCAGAGAAGGUGCUGUGCUCUUUAGUGCAAAGCAAAAUUGAAUUAGCCUGGAAGAAACCUGAGAAACACAAUGUGAAAGCAGCUGCUCUAAAUGUUCAUGUGGACUAUUUGUGUUGAACCUAUGGUGGAACAUUCUGAGCUUGUAUUGGUCUGAUGAGCCACACUCUGACACACUGUAAUUGGACUUUAAAUGUUAUUUUGGUCCUCUUCAAGAAGGAAGGAUCACAACCAACCAACCUUUGGAGAUGUAAAGGGAAAUAAUAGGAAUAUCAGUUGAAGCUUUUUGUGGUUUUCCAGUUCUUUUGUGGAAUAUGAAAUCCCCUCAUCAUCAAGGGAAAUUACUUUUUAAAUUUUCAGUGUAGACACAGGCUCUUCUGUACAUCAACUCAUGGUUCCCUUCACCCUACAUGCCAGUUCCUUGAGGACCAAGUAGACUCUUGUUUUUAUCUUUUUAACUAGAACCUAACACAGCUAAAGAACUGAGUAGGCAUUUAAUAAAUGUUUGUUGAAUGACAAAGGGAACUGAAAACAAAACCAAUCUCCUUCCUCACUCCCCCCUCCCUACUUGAUUCUUCAGCCUUCAAGUCUGUCUACUAUCCAACACUGAUUGGCACAUUACAUGGGCCCAGUAAAUUCUAUUUUUGAUAGUUGGCAUGGGUGUUUGAAGACAUUAAAGUGCCAACAUGGAAAUAAAAAGACUGGAGUUUGGGAUGAUAGAAUAAAAAUUAUCUUGAUAGAUAUAGAGAAGUCUCUGGGGGUGGAGGGGAGAGAGAGAGGGGAAACCUGUUGGGAGAGAUAGUAUCAGUGUUUGGGAGAAAGUUCAGUAGAGUUAGAGGAGGGCAAUAAAGAAGAAUGUACUCUAUUGUGUGAAGACCCCGUAUUUUAAAAUCAGCCAGAGUCAGGA